AUGGAUUUUGAUGCUUCGCCGGACGAGGAGUAUGGACCAACGGAGCUUGACCAAAUGAUUCAAGAUGAGUUCUUCGAUUCAUCGAAUUCGGACGAAGAAGUGGACAUGAUCAUGCUCAUGAGCAUGCAAGAGGAAAUGGACCGGCAAGGAGUGGAGGCACACAACGACUACUUCAAGCUGAGAAGGGAUUGCUGCGGCCAACUCUCUUUCUCGGCCAAGCAGAAGUGCACGGCUGCUAUGAGGAUGCUUGCACUUGGUACUGCUGCAGAUGCCGUUGGUGAGAUGGCCAGGAUGGGGGAGAGCACGUGCCUGAAGACUACUGUCAAAUUUGCCCGCGUCGUGGUUGAGGUGUUUGGAUCGGAGUAUCUCAGAGAACAAAAUGCCCAGGACACGGAGAAGUUGUUGGCUAUUGGAGAGGCAAGGGGGUUUCCAGGAAUGCUCGGAUCAAUUGAUUGCAUGCAUUGUCAAUGGAAAAACUACCCCAAAGGUCUGCGGGAAUGUAUCAAGGUCACACCAGAGAGGCCACCAUCAUACUAG